CCGCCCUCUGCUGCAGCGCCACCAGUCCACGUCACGCCACACAGGAAAUUCAAACAGUCGUCACAUACUCACACAAGCGCACAUUGUACACUCACAGAGAGCAGCGGCAUCUUUCUCCUCCAAGGUCACCGAGCCUCGCGGUCCGCGGGCACGCACAAACGCCACCUUCGUUCCCCUUGAAGUGAGGAGCCAGUGUUGGUCUAGCGAUGCCGCCCCCAGUCACUGGACCCCCGGCCGUGCCCCCGCCAGACGGCGGUUGGGGCUGGGCCGUGGUGUUGGCGUCGUUCAUCUCCAUCGGCUUCUCGUAUGCCUUCCCCAAAGCCAUCACCGUCUUCUUCAAGGACAUCCAGAUCAUCUUCGGUGCCUCGUACAGUGAAAUCGCGUGGAUCUCCUCCAUCAUGCUCGCCGUCAUGUACGCCGCAGGUCCCAUCAGCAGCAUUCUGGUGAACACUUACGGCUGCAGGCCAAUCGUCAUGGUCGGGGGCUGCCUGUGUGCAGUCGGCAUGACCCUGGCUUCGUUCUGCACCAGCGUGGUGCAGCUUUACCUCUGCAUCGGCGUUAUUGGUGGAUUUGGAUUGGCAUUUAACCUGCAGCCAGCUCUAACCAUGAUUGGCAAAUACUUCUAUAAGAAGCGUCCGAUUGCCAACGGGCUGGCCAUGGCCGGAAGCCCGGUGUUCCUCAGCUCCUUGGCCCCGCUCAACCAGUACCUUUUCAACCAUUUCGGCUGGAGUGGGAGCUUCCUCAUCCUGGGCGGCCUCCUGCUGAACUGCUGCGUAGCCGGCUCGCUCAUGAGGCCCCUGGGACCGCCGCCCUCCAAGAUGAAAAAGGAGGAAGUGGUGAGCGCGAAGGAAAAGCGCACGGCAUGGCAAAUGGUCAACAAGUACCUGGACUUGUCACUCUUCAAGCACCGCGGUUUCCUUAUCUACCUAUCCGGGAACAUCAUCAUGUUCCUCGGCUUCUUCGCGCCUAUUGUGUUCCUCGCGGCCUAUGCCAAAGAGAUGGGGGUGGAUGAGUACUCCGCCGCCUUCCUCCUCUCCAUUCUGGCUUUUGUGGAUAUGGUCGCCAGACCCUCGAUGGGCCUCCUGGCUAACUCGCGCUGGGUCAGGCCCAAGAUUCAGUAUUUCUUCAGCUUCGCCGUGCUGUACAACGGCGUGUGCCACAUCCUCUGCCCUCUUGCCAACUCCUACACCGGCCUUGUGGUGUACGCCAUGUUCUUCGGCUUUGCGUUUGGUAUGGUCAGCUCGGUGCUCUUCGAGAGUCUCAUGGACCUGGUCGGGGCGCCGAGGUUCUCCAGCGCGGUCGGACUCACCACCAUUAUGGAGUGCUGCCCAGUCCUCCUCGGGCCACCAAUAGCAGGGAAGCUGGUAGAUGUCACCAAGAAUUACAAGAUCAUGUAUUUCUGCUGUGGCGCCGUCGUGAUUGUGGCGAGCAUUUGGCUCUUCAUUGGCAACUUCAUCAACUACAGGCUCCUGGAGCGCGAGCGCAAACUUGAGGAGUACAAGCCUGCCGGGUCGGAGGAUCCCGACCAGCUCCGGAAGCAGACAGUAGCCGAGAACCUGGCCUCGGGGGACACCAAAGAGUCAGAUGAAGAGAAGGGCCAGGAGCCUCUGCAGCGGGAGACCAACAUGUAAGACUUUUUUUCUCUAAGCUUCCUAAUGUUGUCGGCAAAGAUCAAACUGAUCUUCAAGCCGAGAGAGUGCCUCGCGGUCUGCCACCUGGCUCUAUUCAGGGUCCUCUACAACGCUUCCAAACUGCCAAAGCAACAAGUGUGCAGAACAAUGUGUAAGAUACUUCAUGUAUGGAAAAAGACUCACAUCGUAUUCGAGAUAUAUAUCAGACGAAAAAAUGUCAUAAAAAGUGGAAAUUUGACAAAUGAGCAUGAAAAUGCCAAGUUGUCGCUCUUCACAUGUCUUCCAAUGUAAUCCAAACAUGGAAAGAGUGUGUUGCACUUUUCCAUAGAAAACCAACUCCUCAAAGAUCCAACAUUUGGUAAAUGAGGAAGGCAUAAAACUGUGUUGCAAAUGGCCGACGUCUGUCCCUGAUUAUGUCUUGAAGUCGUGCUCAUCUAAAGGCGGACGACCUUUAAAGCUUUAAAACGGCUCAGACUGGUUGUGCAUGAUGACGGCGUAAUUUAUGCCAGCAGCUGGCAAGCCCUAAAAUGUAGAAGAGCAGGAAAGUGAAUGCAAGCUCUCCUCAUUGUUCAAUAUGACUGGCACCCUCAACAUCCUGCUUUGGCGCCCUCUAGAGAACCCUUGGGCAUAACAAUCCUUCCGGUAGGCUGCUUCUAUUGUAUAAUCUAGCUGCAUUUAUUCCAGAAGAAAAACUUGACUUCAGCUCAGAUACGAUUGAAUGUACUCUCCUUUGUGGGCCUUAUUAGUAAGGUAAUAAUGACCAAAACCAUAUGCAUAACACUGAACAAUAUACACUGAGUGGACACUUCAUUAGGCACUCCCCAGAGAUCUCGUGUCAAGAAUUCUGAUUAUUCUCCCACUUUGAAUUGGAUCACAUUUAUUUGUUUCCUUUUGCCUAAUGAAGUGCACAGUUUAAAAAGGAAAAAAAGCCUUAAAUAUAAUUGAAAGAAUGAGGCGGGUAGUGUAACGUUAUUGUUUCUGAAGUCAUUAACGCUUAUACCUGAAAUUCAGUUCCUUUCUCUUUGGUCCCACAAAUGUAGCCAUGUUGUUUUGGGGGAAAAAAAUAAAAAUCCCACUAUUUUAUUGAAAUUUGUGCUGUUGAUGCAUUUCCCUCAAAGCCAGUAGUGCUAUUGUUGACCAAAUACCGUCCACGUAUUAGUCAUUUCCCAAAGCAUUUGUGUUAAAAACAAUAUUGCUACUGAAAGUAGGUUUGUGUGUCAAUAUAAAACUGCUGCUACACAUGUAUUUGAAAAAAACAACAACUGAAAUUUCAAAGUUCAAUGGAGGACUUUUUUUUCCCAUUGUGUUCCCUUUGAGAUUCACCCCAAAACAGAGCCAGUAUAUAUAAUUCUAUAUUUUACAGCUUUUCACUGUUACACAUUAUUUUUAUAUGUUAGCAAAGUCCACCUUCACGGUGCUUUGUAUGACUUGAAAUGUCUUUGAAAAUCACUAUGCAAACUAUUAUUUCAUGAUUAUUUUCAAGGGGAAAUGAGCUGUACAAUCACAAUUUUCACCUUGUAACACUUCCCCCUGCUGUUGUGUGGAGUUAUUAUUAGGAUUAUUUCUCCAUUUUGAAAAAACUUCUUGAUGCUGUGAUUCGCUUGAAAACAAGUUGCUGCUGCAGAUAAAGACGUUCUCCUCUUAUUCCUCAUUGUCCAGCGAUCUAAGUCAUACAUUUCUUUGUAUUUGAGCUCGCAUAUUUAUUCUCUGAAUAAAAAACUUUAAAAAAAACAUGUUAUAAUGUUAGUAGAAACAGACUUAGAAUCUAUCAACUGUAUAUGUUUGAUGCUUUUUUUUUUUUUGGGUGAAUUAGCAGGAUCAAAAAUUAGAUCACAAAGAGCCCAGAUCUUGGGGGAUGAUUGUGGGGGGGAAAAAAAUAGUUUGCUACUGGGAGAUUCUCACUUGACUCUCUGGUGCCUUAUUCUAUUACCAUCAGCUUCAUACGCACUUGUGUUGAUCAGAUGUUGAGCUUUAGUGUGCAUUUUGGAUGAGGCUCCUCAUUUGAGUUUCCUUGUGUAACUGGACACCAACACCGAAGCUUUUCAAGCCGUGUUCAUAAUGUCCGACCAGUAGCAGACACAUUGUAUUACCUCCACUCGUCUUUUUGUUGUUGUUGUUUUUUUCGUUUUUUUUUUUUUUUUGUAUUUGGGGGGAGGGGUGGGGGUUUGAAUGGCAUUGAAACACUUUAGUCACAAUGUAUCGUUCCACUACAUCUGCAGCAAGGGUGCAAAAGUGAAACAUAUAUUUAUGUUACUAUUAAUUUCUAAAAGUUGAGAUUUUAAAUUAAUAUACUUGGCAAAAGUACCGUAUUACAAUUGGAGAAAUGCACAUUAGAAAAAUAUGACUGAAUCCUAUAUUUAAAUUUUGCAGACAAAGAGAAAGAGGAGAGAUACUUGAGGGUAAAUCAAAAUAUAGGUGUAGGUAUAUUUUAUAUAAUUUAACAUUUUUAAUUGUUUAAUUUUCUUUUAAUAAUUUUAAUUGCAUCGAGUUGAAUAUUUAAUAGUUUAAAUGUAUUUAGUUUUAAUAAUUAUUUCUAUUCUAUUUUAAUAGUUAAAAACAUUAGAAUUUUAUUAGUUUUUUUUGCAAUUAUUUUUAUUCAUCCAUUUUCUGUACCGCUAAUGAUGUAAUGUAAUUUCCAGUGUCGAGCACUGAGGUCAAACUGCUAUUUGAUGCUGUUUUUUUUUUUUUUUUAAUGAUUUUCUCCCAUAAGCUAUAAUCAAAGGCAUUUGACUUCAAAUGUUCCACUCAAUAAACAAUCAUUGUUUUUUUGUUAUGAAAAUGAUACUACUGUAUCAUGUUUAUCAGACACUCAUGUUGGAUGAACUUUUGAUUAUCAACAAAUUAAAAGCCCUUAUUGUGAUACGGUCUCAUAUUGCAGUCAGUUGUUGGAAGGGGCAAGUCGGCACCAUGAUUCAUCACAUGUAGAUGUGGGCCUCCGUUAAUAGUCGGCACACAUGCUCAUUGGGAUGGAACGCGUGUCUCCCAUUAGACUCAAAGUGUGAGUGCUCUUGCUCUUUGGCUGCAUGAAACUGGCUAAUAAUCAAGCGCGAGUCUGUCAGUAAUUCUGCCCGGUGACCACCCCUCACCUCCGUGAGCCACAGUGAACAUUUUAAAAGAUGCAGGGAAAAAAAAAAACACACCUCUUCCCUCAUCUGUAUGCGCCGCGUCGGCGAGCCGGUGCGCACCGAUGAUGGCUGGAGACCCUCAGGCGGAGUUUGAGGCUAGAUUUUAAUGGGACAGUAAGGGUCAACCGGGGAGGCGAGAACAAUAAUCCUCUACAGGUCUAUGUGAUCAGCCGGACAGACCCCAGGGGGGCUACCUGCUGGGGGCUUGAGUACAUGAAUAUGACCUUCAAAA